AUGGAUCAUGGCCGAACAAGAAGAACCCUAGCCAAGGCCAGCCAGCCUUUGAGCGAGAAGGACUCCGCUCUCGUUGGGAUUCUCAAAAGCCGCUUCCGGGAUGCUACUGCACAAUGGCAAGCGGCCGAGACGCCGACUCGGACGGCGUCAACGGGCGCACCGCAGACUGCCAGUCGCCAAUGGACACCACAUACGAUGACGGCGUCUCACAGGGCCCCAAAGGGCAAAGGCAUCUGGCUUUUCCGAACUAUGCCCACUUGGGACGUUCUAGCGCGAACGAGGAGCAGGGCCAGAUUCGAGCAGUGUAUGGAGUAUGACUGGCUAUUUCCUUUACCCCCCUUUCUCUCUGACUCUUGGGCUUUUUUUUUCAGAAUUGCGGGAUGGGUUGGCUGUACCUAUUGCCACGCUCCCACACCCUCGCACGCGGAACGGAAGGCGGCCGGCUGUGCAAUCUGA